GCAAAGAGCGGGCGCUGUGGCAACCCCGGCACGCGCGCGCUGACGGCCGGCCGGCGCUGAGGGGCGGGAGCCGGGGGCUCGUGUUCAGUGAGAAUUAAACCAGAUUAAGACAAUUCAGCAGAUGAACACACAUUAGUGCUGAUGAUGCACGAUUCCAGCCUCUUUCACAGCUUCCUGACAGUGUAUGUUUGCUAAAAGAGCUCCCUGGGGACACAGAGCACUGUUUAAAGUCAGUAGGUGUCUUUAUGGUACAUUAUCUGCCCAGUCAGCAAGUACAGCCAUUUGGAACUAUUUUUAGGGAUAGGGAGAAUCUUUCUCAGGAAGAUUUGGGAUGGCACAACCUCGUAUCUCAGCCUACCUCCCUCCUGAUGUAGACCCCACCAAAGCUGCUCUGGCCUUUGGGAGGAGGGCCCUUCCUAAACUGAAUGAGGAGUUGCAGUCUCCCGAGCUGCUGACGCAGCAGCGGGCGCUGAUGGCUCUCUGCGAUCUGGUCCACGAUCCAGAAAAAGUCUACCAGGCAAUAGCAUUAGGAUUCUUGGAUAGCCUGAAGACUUUGCUGGUGCAUCAAGACCAAACUGUCCGGCAAAAAACAACAGAAGUUCUCUCUAUAAUGGCUUUGCAUAGUAUUGGCAGGGAAGGGCUAAUACGAAGUGGAGUCAUUUCUGCCCUCAGUGGGCUCCUGGAUGAUCCAGUAGAUAUCUGUCGGAAGAACACCCAUCAGAUUUUUGACAUGCUGGCAAAAUUACCUGAAGGGGCUGGUGGUGUCCUGCAGGCUGGUUUGAUUCCCCCACUGGUCCUGAAGUUGCAGACAGAGUUGGAAGAGAUCCAGGAGCUAAUCCUUGGAACACUCUCCAACUGUCUCCGUGUGGAGGUUUCUGCAGCCCUGGCAGCUGGUGCCGUUCCUGUGCUGAAGGAAAAGCUCUCACACCCCUCCACAGCCAUCAGGAGCAAAGCAGCCUGGGUCCUCUUAGAAAUCAGUUCUCAUGCUGAGGGGAAAAUCGCGGUGUGCAAAGAAGAGGUGAUUCCUGUGCUGGUGAGCCUGCUGGAAGACACACAGCCCGAAGUUCGAGUGAACUCAACGGGAGCGCUGAUGUUUGCUCUUGUUACACCUCAGGGGAGAUCCUCAGCCAUGGGUGCUGAAGCCAUUCCACCUUUACUGACGUUGGUUGCUGAGGAAACCAGCAAAGCGCGUUUGAAUGCAAUCAAAACCCUCACCCUGCUGGCUGAGCUGCCAGAGGGCCGCCAGACACUGCUGGAUCACAGGGACACAUUUCAGAGGUGUCUGGAUGAUCCCAGCGAGGCCGUGCAAAGAGCUGCCGAAAUCGCCAUCACCGUGAUCGACUGGAAACCCUUCUGCAGCCGCGAUCUUUUCUAGAGAUCUAUUGCCCUCUGUUGUUGUCUGGCUGUAAAAGGUACAUGAUUACAUGAGACCUUCAACACCAGAGCUCCCUUCCUUACUUUGUAUCAGUUUCUCCUGAAAAGUUAUUUGGCAAGUUUCACAUCUAUAUUGCAGGUCACAAGCAGAAAAAUGGAGAAGAAAAGUUAGGAAGUGUGGAAUUAUCCACUAGGAGUUAUUGCCCACAUUACCAAGGUUUUCCUAUCAUACAAGACACCAACCCUUUUUGUUUUCUUCAUAAUGUUCUCUCUCUUUUUUUUUUUUUUUAACCUCAGCCUAUCAAACACUUAUCAAUAAUUAAUUAUACUGGAAAGGUUCACAAUUAACCCCUCCAUCAAUCUUGUCUGUACUGACAAAUUGAUCUAACAACAGGAAUUCACAUGAAUUUUGCUGCAAACGUUUGUUGAACAUGGGAUUAAGACCAAAGUCAGAAAGCCUUUACAAGUGUAGCCCUUGCUAAAGCUGAGUUGGAGCCUCUCCAGUAGGAGAGCAGAACAGCCCUGGCCAUUCUCAGCCACCAAGGAUGUGACAGGGUGGCUGGCGCAGCUUCACAGCAAGUGCCAUUUGUUUUCACUUGGGUUUUGUUCUCACAUGGGACUUUUAUAUUCAGAAUUGUAGCUACAAAGAAGCUGCAUCAGGUCUAUAAAAGGGGUUAUUUGUCAGGACUGCUUUUCCUUUCAAAGCCACGGUCACACUGCAAACUGCAUUACCCUUACACACAGGAUAAACUCUUCCUGUAGGAGUGACUACAGUUAAAAUGUUUCUCUUCCAUAAUGUAACCAAAGGGUGAAUUUCCUCUCUAUAAAGAUGUGAUUUAAAAGCA